GUGUCACUCGCUCUCUCCCUCUGUGUAUAGAGGAUGUGCUGAAUGGUGCGCUUUGAGGCGGCGGCGGCGGAGGAGCAGAAUCCGCCGCGACUGGCAGCCUCGGCUGCCCGGCUCGGCUUCUCUUCGCCUUCCGAGGCUCCUCAUCCACCGCGGGUUCCCGACCUCGCGUCCCGCCUGGGGCAUGGCCCGGCGCUGCGCCCCCGCGCGCUCUGCCUGCUGAGCGGCGCCGGAGGGAGGUGCGGAGGCCGGGAGGCCGGGGAGGCCGGCGGGGGAGAAGAGUCGAGCGCCUCAGGAGCAGAGAAAGGAGCCCGCGCCCCGCGCCCCGCGCGCGGUUCCCAGUCCCUGCCGCGCUCGCCCGGGCCGCCCGGAGCCCAGAUGAGCCCAGAUGGCCGGGGCUCAACCCGGAGUGCACGCCUUGCAACUCAAGCCCGUGUGCGUGUCCGACAGCCUCAAGAAGGGCAUCAAAUUCGUCAAGUGGGAUGAUGACUCAACUAUUGUUACUCCAAUUAUUUUGAGGACUGACCCUCAGGGAUUUUUCUUUUACUGGACAGAUCAAAACAAGGAGACGGAGCUACUGGAUCUCAGCCUUGUCAAAGAUGCCAGAUGUGGGAGACACGCCAAAGCUCCCAAGGACCCCAAAUUACGUGAACUUCUGGAUGUGGGGAACAUCGGGCGCCUGGAGCAGCGCAUGAUCACGGUGGUGUAUGGGCCUGACCUCGUGAACAUCUCCCAUUUGAAUCUCGUGGCUUUCCAAGAAGAAGUGGCCAAGGAAUGGACAAAUGAGGUUUUCAGUUUGGCAACAAACCUGCUGGCCCAAAACAUGUCCAGGGAUGCAUUUCUGGAAAAAGCCUAUACUAAACUUAAGCUGCAAGUCACUCCAGAAGGGCGUAUUCCUCUCAAAAACAUAUAUCGCUUGUUUUCAGCAGACCGGAAGCGAGUUGAAACUGCUUUAGAGGCUUGUAGUCUUCCAUCUUCAAGGAAUGAUUCAAUACCUCAAGAAGAUUUCACUCCAGAAGUGUACAGAGUUUUCCUCAACAACCUUUGCCCUCGACCUGAAAUUGAUAACAUCUUUUCAGAAUUUGGUGCCAAAAGCAAACCAUAUCUUACCGUUGACCAGAUGAUGGAUUUUAUCAACCUUAAGCAGCGAGAUCCUCGGCUUAAUGAAAUACUUUAUCCACCUCUAAAACAAGAGCAAGUCCAAGUAUUGAUUGAGAAGUAUGAACCCAACAGCAGCCUCGCCAAAAAAGGACAAAUAUCAGUGGAUGGGUUCAUGCGCUAUCUGAGUGGAGAAGAAAACGGAGUCGUUUCACCUGAGAAACUGGAUUUGAAUGAAGACAUGUCUCAGCCCCUUUCUCACUAUUUCAUUAAUUCCUCGCACAACACCUACCUCACAGCUGGCCAACUGGCUGGAAACUCCUCUGUUGAGAUGUAUCGCCAAGUGCUUCUGUCUGGUUGUCGCUGUGUGGAGCUGGACUGCUGGAAGGGACGAACUGCAGAAGAGGAACCUGUCAUCACCCAUGGCUUCACCAUGACAACUGAAAUAUCUUUCAAGGAAGUGAUAGAAGCAAUUGCGGAGUGUGCAUUUAAGACUUCACCUUUUCCAAUUCUCCUUUCAUUUGAGAACCAUGUGGAUUCCCCAAAGCAGCAAGCCAAGAUGGCGGAGUACUGCCGACUGAUCUUUGGGGAUGCCCUUCUCAUGGAGCCCCUGGAAAAAUAUCCACUGGAAUCUGGAGUUCCUCUUCCAAGCCCUAUGGAGUUAAUGUAUAAAAUUUUGGUGAAAAAUAAGAAGAAAUCACACAAGUCAUCAGAAGGAAGCGGCAAAAAGAAGCUCUCAGAACAAGCCUCCAACACCUGCAGCGACUCCUCCAGCAUGUUCGAGCCCUCAUCCCCAGGAGCCGGAGAAGCUGAUACGGAAAGUGACGACGAUGAUGAUGAUGAUGACUGUAAAAAAUCUUCAAUGGAUGAGGGGACCGCUGGAAGUGAGGCUAUGGCCACAGAGGAAAUGUCUAACCUGGUGAACUACAUUCAGCCGGUCAAGUUUGAGUCAUUUGAAAUUUCAAAAAAAAGAAAUAAAAGUUUUGAAAUGUCUUCCUUCGUGGAAACCAAAGGACUUGAACAACUCACCAAGUCUCCGGUGGAAUUUGUAGAAUAUAACAAAAUGCAGCUUAGCAGGAUAUAUCCAAAAGGAACACGUGUGGAUUCAUCCAAUUAUAUGCCUCAGCUCUUCUGGAAUGCAGGUUGUCAGAUGGUGGCACUUAAUUUCCAGACAAUGGACCUGGCUAUGCAAAUAAAUAUGGGGAUGUAUGAAUACAACGGAAAGAGUGGCUAUAGAUUGAAGCCAGAGUUCAUGAGGAGGCCUGACAAGCAUUUUGAUCCAUUUACUGAAGGCAUCGUAGAUGGGAUAGUGGCAAACACUUUGUCUGUUAAGAUUAUAUCAGGUCAGUUUCUUUCUGAUAAGAAAGUCGGGACUUACGUGGAAGUGGAUAUGUUUGGUUUGCCUGUGGAUACAAGGAGGAAGGCAUUUAAGACCAAGACAUCCCAAGGAAAUGCUGUGAAUCCUGUCUGGGAAGAAGAACCUAUUGUGUUCAAAAAGGUGGUUCUUCCUACUCUGGCCUGUUUGAGAAUAGCAGUUUAUGAAGAAGGAGGUAAAUUCAUUGGCCACCGUAUCUUGCCAGUGCAAGCCAUUCGGCCAGGCUAUCACUAUAUAUGUCUAAGGAAUGAAAGGAACCAGCCUCUGAUGCUGCCUGCUGUCUUUGUCUACAUAGAAGUGAAAGACUAUGUGCCAGACACAUAUGCAGAUGUCAUUGAAGCUUUAUCAAACCCAAUCCGGUAUGUGAACCUGAUGGAGCAGAGAGCUAAGCAAUUGGCUGCUUUGACACUGGAAGAUGAAGAAGAAGUAAAGAAAGAGGCUGAUCCUGGAGAAACACCAUCAGAGACUCCAAGUGAAGUGAGAACAACUCCAGCAGAAAACGGGGUGAAUCACACUACAUCCCUGACACCCAAGCCACCCUCCCAGGCUCUCCACAGCCAGCCAGCUCCAGGUUCUGUAAAGGCACCUGCCAAAACAGAAGAUCUUAUUCAGAGUGUCUUAACAGAAGUGGAAGCACAGACCAUCGAAGAGCUAAAGCAACAGAAAUCGUUUGUGAAACUUCAAAAGAAGCACUACAAAGAAAUGAAAGACCUGGUUAAGAGACACCACAAGAAAACCACUGACCUUAUCAAAGAACACACUACCAAGUAUAAUGAAAUUCAGAAUGACUACUUGAGAAGGAGAGCAGCUUUGGAAAAGUCCGCCAAAAAGGACAGUAAGAAAAAAUCGGAACCCAGCAGCCCUGAUCAUGGUUCAUCAACGAUUGAGCAAGACCUCGCUGCCCUGGAUGCUGAAAUGACCCAAAAAUUGAUAGACUUGAAGGACAAACAACAGCAGCAGCUGCUUAAUCUUCGGCAAGAACAGUAUUAUAGUGAAAAAUACCAGAAGCGAGAACAUAUUAAACUGCUUAUUCAAAAGUUGACGGAUGUCGCAGAAGAGUGUCAGAACAAUCAGUUAAAGAAGCUCAAAGAAAUCUGUGAGAAAGAAAAGAAAGAAUUAAAGAAGAAAAUGGAUAAAAAGAGGCAGGAGAAGAUAACAGAAGCUAAAUCUAAAGACAAAAGUCAGAUGGAAGAGGAGAAGACAGAGAUGAUCCGGUCAUAUAUCCAGGAAGUGGUGCAGUACAUCAAGAGGCUAGAAGAGGCGCAAAGUAAACGGCAAGAAAAACUCGUAGAGAAACACAAGGAAAUACGUCAGCAGAUCCUGGAUGAAAAGCCCAAGCUGCAGGUGGAGCUGGAGCAAGAAUACCAAGACAAAUUCAAAAGACUGCCCCUCGAGAUUUUGGAAUUCGUGCAGGAAGCCAUGAAAGGAAAGAUCAGUGAAGACAGCAAUCAUGGUUCUGCCCCUCUCUCCCUGUCCUCAGACCCUGGAAAAGUGAACCACAAGACUCCCUCCAGUGAGGAGCUGGGAGGAGACAUCCCAGGAAAAGAAUUUGAUACUCCUCUGUGAAUGCUCCUGCCAGGCCUUCAGAAAUUGCAUGGCCACUCCAGCGACAUCGGACUCUCUCUUAUUACAAAGAUCACUGCCCAGGACCAUCUUCCCGAGAAGCAUCCCUUAGCCUAAAAUCCACACCAAAGGGAGAGUUCCAGAGGAAUCCAUGAAGAAGUCCCAUGCCCAGGCUCCAUGUGUCAUGUGGAAACCUCUGCAGGUCUACUAGUAAAGAAUGCAUGUAUGUGAGAUUUUUGUUUUCUUUCCAAUAGUAAAUUCAAAGCAAGCAACUCGCAGGCUCCAUGGAACUUUUAAUGAAGGACAGUGUCUUCUUUGAAGAAAAUCGAGCUCAUGUUUUUAUUCGAAGCUCUGGUGUAAAGUAUUUCAAAGUCAUAGAAAUAGUUUGAGAAAUGCAUAGCAUUAUUUAACACUAUUGAACAGCCUACUUUGAGUAUUUUUUUUUUCUAACUGCCCCUCAACUACCAUUAUCUUCAAGUCAACGUGCAUAUUACGUUGUUUCAUCCUUCGCUUUGCAAGCACCAGUGACUUGCAGUUUGCUAAUUUAUUUAUCAUAGAGUCAUCAAUGUAUUUGUUGCUGACAUGGUUUUAUUAGAUACCGUAGUGAUUCAAAUACAUUUGUUUUCUAUUUGGAAAAAAAAAAAAAUCACUUGACUGUAUCCUUGCCCAGUGAAGCCAUCCCAAGACUUAGCAAUAUGGAUUGUACAUUUGGCUGCAUCAACAAGUCAGCCACACACUUCCAGGCAGUGUGCUGUUUGCAUUGACUAUUUGCACUCAGAGUCUGGGUAUUCAUUGGUUUUUGGCCUGAAAUGAUCAAAUAACUACAAAUGGUCUGUUGAAUAAAAAUAGUUGAGCUGACAUAUGUUAAGCAGAUAUUCAAUCAGAGUGAACAGGUUCCAGUGGUUAUUUUGUUGUUUGACAUUUUUUAUGGUUCAUUUAUUUUUAAUAUAGAGAGGGAGAUUGAAUAUUUAUCUAGAGAAUACAAAGACUCACAUGUAAAUGAUAGGUAUUAUCUCCAUGUAUAUAUGUACCCACUUAGUCGUGUAAGUGCAUAUACACAUACACACACACAUAAGUGUAGAUAUGUGUUUAUUAAUUGACAAUGACCCAAAUCUCUUCCACAAGACUUAAAACCAAAAUCAGGGACAAAUGGAUAGAGAAGAAAAGGGUCAAACAUCUAGAUUACAUGGAUGUUAAAUUAUAUGGAGAUGCUAAGAGAUAAUUGAUGGAGCCAUUGAUGCAGACUGAAGUAGAUUUAGAACUUAUUAUAUGAAUUUGAUUUAUAUUUUGCAAGAUCAAAAAUUAAAUGUUAAG